AUAGAAGAAUCUAUAGUAGUUUCCUCGUCAGAUGCCAUAACCAAUAGCUUUUGUUAUCUCUACUCUCUUUCUCUGUCUCUCUGCUUGAAUUAUUAUAGUUUUUCCUUCCUAGUAAGUUUCCUUAUUAAUUAUUAUAAUUACAACAAUUGUAACAACACAUGAUCCCAAACUUUGUAAUCUUCCUUUAACUGUCAUCAAUCAUCAAUCAAACAACGCUACUAGUCCUCAAUUUUGACUCUGGAGCUGACUUCAUCAUCUUGCAUACCCCCAAAGUUGGUAUCAAAUUCGCCUCACCUAGCAUCCUUCCUUACUAGAUACAUUUGAAGUUGGAUUGGUGAAAUUAUGGCGGAUUUAGAAAAUUUGCUAUUGGAGGCUGCAGGAAGAACUGGUAAUGCAGGGAGAAACCGACAUUCUCUGCCAUCGUCGAGGAGGGCGCAAGAGGGUUCUUAUUCGGAUGGAGGGAGUGAUUCGAGGGAAGAUGAUUCUGAUGAUGAGCUUAAUUAUGGCAACAGAAAGCCCUCUGCAUCACAAGUUCCUCUGAAGAAGAGAUUGGAUCCAGCAGAAAGAGAGGAAGAUAUGGGAAGUCAAGAAGAACAAGAUGAUGAUGGUCACAGUGAUCGCCCGGGCGAAAGCAGUGAUGAAUCCAACAUUGGUGAUGAUCUCUACAAGGAUGAAGAUGAUAGACGCAAGCUUUCUGAGAUGACUGAACUUCAAAGAGAGAUGAUCUUGUCAGAUAGAGCCACCAAAAAGGAUGACAAGAAUUUAUUGGGGAAGAUAGCAUCCAAGCGUGAUAUUAAAGGAAAGAUAACAGUUCCUAGAAAGCAAUCUCCGCCGUUGUCGUCAUCGCGAAUGCGAGCAGCAGCCAGAUCUGCUGACAGGGCAGCCAAGAAUGAUGCAUUGAAUGAAUUGCGUGCUAAGAGAUUGAAGCAGCAAGAUCCAGAAGCUCACCGCAGAUUGAGGGAGGCAUCAAGAGUUUCAGGCUCCCAGCAUUUUACUCCACCAAAGCGCAAAGCUUUCACUGCAGCAAGUCUCAGCAGUUCAAGCCAUAGUGAUAGUGAAAGUAGGUCUCACAGUGAUGAUGAAGGUUCAACUGGUGAUGGAGGAAUCGGUGACAGUGAUGAUGAUAGGGCGUUGGCAGGUUCCGAUGGGCUAUCAUUUCAGGAUAUAAAGGAAAUAACUAUUCGCAGGUCGAAACUUGCAAGAUGGUUCAUGGAGCCUUUCUUUGAGGAGUUAAUAGUUGGUUGCUUUGUAAGAGUUGGAAUUGGUAGAUCAAAAACUGGACCUAUCUACAGGCUCUGCAUGGUGAAAAAUGUCGAUGCUUCAGAACCAGAUAGACACUAUAAAUUGGAGAACAAAAUUACACACAAGUAUUUGAAUGUUGUUUGGGGGAACGAAAGUUCAGCUGCUAGGUGGCAAAUGGCUAUGGUUAGUGACUCUGGUCCGCUUGAAGAGGAGUUCAAACAGUGGGUUAAGGAAGUAGAUCGAAGCGGUGGCCGGAUGCCAACAAAACAAGAUAUCUUGGACAAAAAACAAGCCAUACAAAAGGCCCUCACAUUUGUCUACUCAGCUGCUACUGUGAAGCAAAUGUUACAGGAGAAAAAAUCAGCCACAGCAAGACCACUGAAUGUUGCGGCGGAGAAGGACCGACUGAGGAGGGAAAUGGAAAUAGCACAAAGUAAGAAUGAUGAAACGGAAGUGGAGAGGAUCAAGAAAAGGCUGCAAGAAUUAGAGGCAUCCAGGAAAUCAAAGGUGAAGGAUACCAAGGCUCUGAGGCUGGCUGAGAUGAACAGAAAAAACAGGUUUGAGAAUUUCAAGAAUGCUUCCGAGUUGAAGCCGGUGAAUACAGGAUUGAGAGCAGGGGAGGCAGGCUAUGAUCCGUUCUCAAGGAGAUGGACUAGAUCAAGGAACUACUACGCUUCGAAACCUGGCGAAAAGGCUGAGGCUGGAAAUGAUAGUGCCAAUGGCGUAGUGGCUGGUGCAGGUAGCAAUGGAGCAGCGGGCAUGGUGGCUACUGCCGCAGCCUUGGAAGCGGCUGCUGAUGCAGGGAAGUUGGUGGAUACAAGUGCUCCGGUGGAUCAAGGGACAUCGUCGAAUGUGCUGCACAAUUUUGAGCUUCCAAUCUCUUUAGCAUUGCUUCAAAAGUUUGGUGGAGCUCAAGGAGCUCAGGCAGGAUUCAUGGCAAGAAAACAAAGAAUUGAAGCUACCGUUGGAUUUCGAGUCUUGGAAAAUGACGGCCGGAGGCAUGCGCUAACGCUGACGGUGAGCGAUUACAAAAGGAGGAGAGGACUUCUUUGACCUUUUAAGUAUUAUGCCAGUGAGGUAAGUUCCACGGUGCCAUAAAGCCAUGGAUGGUUUGUAUUGACUCCAAUAAUGCUGUGCCUUUACUAUUUUAAUUGAACUUCACAUGAAACUGCCUAAACGAAAUUUGAUAAUUCUUAGUUAAAGACACAUUAAAUGAUGAAUUGCACAGAAAAAUCAGGUUUUGUGAGAAAGUGUUAAUUUAAAAUAAUAAAUAUGUUUGUUGAAUGUUAA